CAACAUCUCUACCACACAACGAAGAACCUUCUCCUACCUUGCGUUCGGGCUGGUGCAAGCCGGUGCUCACAACCACAUCAUUCUACAGGCUUCUACUCGAGCGCCCACGGCCGCCGAAAGACCCUGGAUGUGUUCUCUCGCGUGAAACUGGAUCUUGCGGUGCUACACAGGGUAGGAAGAGACGAUUUGUUGUGCGCCCUCUUGUUUCCAUCCCUUCUGGCCUAUCUUUUCCCCAUCACGCCUACCAUUCCCAUCAAUCCUGGAUCGACGCGUCGACGCUCUCAAUCGGAGUCAAGGCUGCUCCUCUCGAUUUCAGAAUACAUCUAAGAGAAGAAAGCCUGGGCGGGUGGGAUCUUCUGGGCCCCUUUUCCUUGUCCCUCUUCUAUCUCCAUACGCAUCUAUGCUAAUUUCUCGCAAGCGCUCUACAUCGCAGUAUUCUCUCUCUUCUGCUCCGCUCAGCCCGUAUCAAUAUGUCGCACCUCGGCAGCUCUACGGCAUCACCAUCGCCGUCACCACCAGCCCAUGCUGGUUCCUCGACGCAGCCCAACUCGCCUCGUUCGCCUCGUUCUUCAUAUGCAAGACCAACCAGUCCUGACUCCGUUGUUCAACAUAACGAUCCUCUGUCUCCACCGCCGCCAUCUCAGGAUGAUCUGGAUGCCUGCUCCACCUCUUCAGGGGCAGCAUCCUCGAAGAGCUCUGAUCUUCACGAUGCUGAUCUCCACCCGACCUGGCCACGGCCGCAGGAUUUGAAUAUAACAGUUU